AAAAGGGACGCCGAUACGUUUUCCGUCACCAACGGUACGGUUCCCGUGGUGAUCACGAGGGUCGAACGGGUCAUAGACACGAUAUUCACCACCAGCGUUGCUGUGUUCAUAGCUUUAAUCUUUAUCAAUUUUGGAUGUGCGAUGCACUGGCCGACGGUGCGUGACGUCAUCAAGCGACCGAUCGGACCCGCCAUAGGAAUGGUCGGACAAUUCCUUUUUAUGCCACUCAGUUCCUUCGGUCUGGGCUACGUGAUAUUCCCGAACUCGCCCGCGAUGCGUCUCGGGAUGUUCUUCACGGGCGUAGCCCCCGGGGGCGGCGCCUCCAACGUGUGGACCUUCAUUCUCGGCGGUAACCUCAACCUGUCCCUCGCCAUGACGACCAUAUCUACUAUUUGCUCAUUUGGUUUUAUGCCCGCGUGGUUGUUCUCGCUGGGUCAAGUGGUGUUCCACAACGCCAAGAUCGUGGUGCCGUACGCGCGCAUCGCUUACUUCGUGGUGGGGCUGGUGGUGCCGCUGGGCAUCGGGCUAAGCAUGCAGAAGCUGACCCCAAAAUUCGCGGGUUUCAUGGUCCGGAUCCUCAAGGGAUUUUCGACUACCCUACUGCUGUUCAUCAUCAUAUUCGCGAUCGUUACCAACCUGUACAUCUUCCAGCUGUUCACUUGGGAGAUCGUGGUAGCGGGUAUGGGCAUGCCGUGGUUGGGUUACUGUUUCGGCUACCUGGCGGCGCGUCUGAUGAGGCAGCCGCACGAGGACGCCCUGGCCAUCUCCAUAGAGACCGGCAUCCAGAACACCGGGAUAGCGAUCUUCCUGCUCAGAUACGCGCUCGGGCAACCCGAAGCGGAUCUCACUACUGUCGUCCCAGUCUCGGCAGCUAUCAUGACGCCCUUCCCUAUGAUCGCGAUCUUUAUAUACCAGAAGAUCAAGGCUUGUAUUGUCAACCGACAAAAGCACCAGAAAAUUGUCGAAGAAGCCAACACCCCCACUUCAGAGACGCCAGAGCCGGGAGUCGCCGUCAUCGCAACCGUUGAUGCACUCGGAACAAAAUAGUAUAGUUUGAUUUAUUUCGAACAUCACGCAACAAUAAUACGCAAGAUCUGUUUUUUUUUUAAUGAUCAUACAAGACUAACGUUCUCGAUCAGACAGCCAAUAAUAAACCUGUGCAGAUGUUUUUAUUAAAACAGGCACUCGGUUAUGAUGACAUACUAGAUGGAGAGAAAAAAUAGUUUCAUGAAUAAUUCAACUGUUUCACAUUAUGAUUUACUUGAGGGACAAAAUUUAUUUGAUCUUUGAAAGAACCAUCAUUUUUUAAAUACUGACCUGGAGGUAAUAUAAAAAAAUAAAUAUGGAUUCUCAUGGCUGUGCGAUGAAUUAAAAACUUAUACGGUUUAAUCUCACAUUUGUUUAAUUCAUCUUACAAUUUCCAACUUUUCCAUUAUUUUACGGAAUCCACAAAUUGGCGCAAUUGUCGUAAAAGUAUUCUAGUCCUAUCUACGAGUCUCAGAUGAUAAUUAAUGAAAAUAUUUGUUAAUAAAAUAAUUCUGUGUGCAAUCCUAGCUGACAUUAAAACGCGGCAAGGCCUAAACAUACUGUUUUGGAAUGGUUUCUAAUCAUUUCCAAAAUGAUUAACUUUUUUAUUGUCCAUUGACAACUGAAUUCGAAAAUAUGGCUUGGAAUAAGACUAGAUUAAACCGCGCCAAAAAUAUUAUUACAAUUUUCAAUUAUGUUUGUUGAACCUAAUUUUUUAUAACUUUUUUUUACGUCACUUACGUUGGUAUGGUAUUUUAAUAAGUAAAAAUACCAGUUUAUGUACAUAGGUACAUUGCGUAUGUUUUUAAUUAUUUUUUUCAAUAAAUUUGAAUUCAAUAGUCUCACCCGUAAUGACAUAUCAACUAGAGAGUGUUGCCAUAUAUUUUUUUGCAGAUUCGAUUGAAAAUAUUUUUUAUGUAAUAGUGUCUUUUUACAAGCAGAUCUUGUCGUUGAAUUGUUUAUUUAUUUAUUUGUACCGUUCGCUUUUUUAUUGCACUUAUUUCUACAAGUUUAUUAUAAGCGUCGAAAAACUUUUUGAAGCAAACACUUUUUAGUGUGAAUAAGAUAAGAUUUUUGACGAUUCUAUUGUAAGUCCAUUAUAUUUGGACUGGUUGAAUAAAGUGUUCAAGUUAGGUCGUAGAUCUGUAAUAACAUUACACAAUACUAUUACAACGCAAUAUAUGUAAAAUCAACAUGACAAUGAACACUAUUAUGAGCAGAAAAAGCCAUAGUUCAUAAGUGUACGAAAAAUAAUUUUACACAGUGAAAUUAAAUAUAAAAAUGUUUAAAAAACUCAAGUUUUUUUAAAUUUAUUAUGCAAACUUUAAUAUUAAUCGUUCACUAUUACAUUAUUUCGUAAAUCAUAGUAUUGUGGAAUAUUAUUGAAGAAUGAAAUUCCUGCCUUAAAAAAUACAAAUAAAUUAUAUUGUAUGGGCCUUCAUAUGUUUUGGCGCCACAUACAAUAAAUAAUAAGAUCCAAAAUAAACGAAAUUCUAGAGAUCUUUAUUCGAAAUUUUAAACAUAAAUAUGUUAUUUAUUUUUGUUGAAAUUAAAAAAAAAACGUUCACCUAUAAAAUUUUUGUCGUUACAUUUUAUUUGAAUACAAUUUCGGGUUAUUGGGCUUUUAGAAUUAUGUACACUUUGUUACGUGUGUUUGACAUUAGUUUGAUUUCUAUAUUUUAUAUAUAUAUAUGCUAAAUUUUUUUACUUUUCAUUUAAGAAAAACGCAACAUUGUCUAUCGUUAAAUACAUUGAAUAUACAAAUAACUCUCAGAAUUGAUCAGUAAGUAUUGCAAUAUCUACAUUGUGUAACGUGUACAAUUUUUUUAUUUAUUAAAAACCAAUAGCAAUAUUGCGUUACCUUUUAAAUCUUGCAUUGCGAAUCUGUUAUCGAAAAAUGUUGCCAAUUACAGAAAUAUCUACUAAAUUAAUAUAAAUAGUAGUUCAAUGUUGACACGAUUAAUAAUUAUCAAUAAUGGCUUAUGUUAAUAUACUGUCUUGUUGAGAUGGUUCAGUUUUCACAUGACUGGUUUUAUAGGUGGAACAGAUGUGAAACUAGCGCGGGCGGUGUGUUAUGAAAAUGUUUGUCUGAUCAUAUCAGUAUUUAAGUUAUGAAUGAUAACGAUUUUGUUAUAAGAAAUACAAACAUUUUUAUUUA